UCUUCCUCUUUUUCUCUCGCCGGUGGUGAACGGUACUUGCCCCAGGCAGUGGCGGCCGUGUUUGCAGCGGCUGCGGCGGCAGCCGCUGCAGCCUCGUCUUCCGCACCUUCUCAUGAACGAAGUGGUACACCCCCGAUUGCUUCAGAUUCCCUUAUUCCUUCUGCUGGUCAGGCGCCGAUCAUAGCUUCAGCCAGAGUCUCAGCCUCUGGCCUCGGGCAAGCACAUUUGGCUCCCCCCAUGGCGCCCCUUGCACAAAAUAUUUCGGCCCCUGUACAUCAACAUCCUCACCAAUCUCUUCCACCUCUUAAUCAUCAUCAACCUCAACAGCAGCAGCAGCAGUUGGGUGGAGUGCUCGCUUUUCACCCUUUCCCACCAUCACAUCAGCACCAGGCUCUCUAUCAUCUCAUCACAGUCUCUUCCUGGACGCGAGCAGUUUCCUCGGUGCUUGCUUCUUUUGAUACACCUACUUGUUCAAACAGUUCUAGCACUGGCCAAACAUCCACUUCUUUUGUCGGCCCUUCUCCUGGAACGACCUCAUUUAUUUCUUCGACGACUAACCAAUGGAGUUGUCAGCGUCUUGUUUAUCCAAUUGCGGGGUCGGGUGAAUGCCCAGCCUGUGCUUCGAAUUCUCCUACUUUACAUUCUCAAACUAUUUCAGAUAAAGAUUAG